UAUUACUAGCCAUAAAAACAUAGAAUCUGAAGUAAUUGUAUCAUAUACCAAUCAAAAUAGCCAAGAUAAUGCAUUAAAAGAUAACUUAAAACAAACAGUUCUUUCAGUUAUUGGAAGAUUAAAGAUUGGUGCAAAAAAAAUACUAUAUAUUAUAGCUAUAGACAUUGAAUUAAAUUAUACUGGUAACAAACAAACCUCUAAUAACUUGAAUAAAAAAAAAGCAAAAGCUCAAGAUGAUAUCAAUGACUAUCUUGAAGAUAUUGAAGAAAA